UCUCGAAGCUUUCAGUUUAGUCUAGCUGUGGAAGAAAUCAGACGCAGUGUCAUUCCAGCUUCUCUAAAAGAAAACCAGACCAAAGAUGAAGGUUGUUGCACUUCUAGCAGCCCUGAUGGCUGUCUGCCUGGCAGAGCAGGACGACAGACACAAUCCACCCAAGGUUUUGGUGUACAGCCGUGACCCAGGACAGUUUGGGAAGGAAAACAUCCUGAUCUGUCGUGCGAGCGACUUCCACCCCCCAGACAUCACCAUCGUUCUCACUAGGAAUGGAGUGGCGAUCCCCAACGCCAACCAGACUGACCUGGCCUUCAAGAAGGACUGGCGCUUCCAUCUGACCACCAGCGUGAAGUUCACACCUGUCAGUGGAGAAGAGUACAACUGCAAGGUCACUCAUGGGAAAAUCACUAACCAUUAUGCCUGGGAGUCAAACAUGUAACUGUCAGCAGAGGCACCGAUUGACUGCUGCCAGAUGUUUUGGCCCCGCCUACAGCAGCAUAUCUUCGUCUUCCCAUCUCCAAUCAACAUGAUCACAGUUUUUUCAUGACUACCUUGCUUUUUUUUCACAAAACAUAACUAUCAAUAACAUAUUAAUAAGGGGCGGGCUGAAAAAAAACGUAUGGACUCGGGGCAUUUAGUCGUAAUUUUGAAGUGUGUUGGCUUAGAUAAGUUGAAAAUGAUAUGUUUAUAUAAAACUGGAGUGAUUAAAUGAUUCUUUUUGUUCAUUUUGUAAUAUUUGUUUCUGUACACAAACUACUCUGCUGUAUUGACUCUUUCUUCUACAUAAAUGAGGCGAUAAAAUUCUAAUUGGUCAUAUUAAUAGAACAUGAAUGGGCUGUUCUUUCUGGACUAGAUGCUGGGUCCAAUCUCUUGAUUUGAUAUGUUAUUUGUGAAUGCCCUCUUCUCAAUAAAGGCCUCUUGAAAAUGUA